AUGGCCAUAACUGGAAGUUAUCUGAAGGGAAGAGCCUUGGACUGGUGGUAUUCUAUCCAAGAGGAAGUGAAGUCUUUCCAGCAAUUUGAGGAUUUGUUCAAGAAGAAAUUCAUGAAGGUGAUCUAUGAGAAGGCGUGGAGAGAGUUGAAGGCUGUGCAACAACAGGAGGGUGAAGAUGUUGAGGGAAUCAGCAAUCGGCUCAGGCAAUUGUUCAGAGAUGCAGGUGUAACAGACGGUGGUACCAAGAAGGCUAUUUUUGUGGCAUCAGUUCUUCCAAGUAUUGGCUAUGAAAUGGAAAAAGUCUUGGCUACUAGGAAAAAGAUUACAUUUGAAGAUUUGGUGGAUGAAGCUGCUGAGCACAAGGCGUUGGUGUUGAAGUAUGACAAGAAAAAGGAAGUGGUGAUUUACAACAACAAUGGUGCAUAG